AUGGCGGACAAGUAUGAGAAGGACGAGAUCGCUAGUGCAGAUCACGAGGUGGAUAGACCCAGUCUUGACCAUGGAGCUGUGGAGCAGCUUCAGUUGCCCUCUUACCAGUUCUCCCCGGAAGCGGAGAGAAGGCUCGUUCGGAAGAUUGAUUUGACUAUCCUUCCAAUCAUGCUUGUUGCUUAUAUGAUGGCCUUCUUGGAUAAACAAACGCUGAACUAUACUUCGUUGAUGGGGAUUCGUGAAGAACUCCAUCUUGUCGGCUCACAGUACAGUUGGGUCUCGGGCAUGUUUUACUUUGGAUACAUGUUUUUCUCAUAUCCUGCAUCACUUUUGAUGGUCAAAUUUCCGCUUGGCAAGUACCUUGCUGCGAAUUUUCUUCUUUGGGCGAUCGUUCUAGCCUGUCAUGCGGCAACAACCAACUUCACAACAAUAAUGGUGACCAGAUUCUUCCUCGGAUGCACCGAGGCCAGCCUCUCCCCCGGGUUCACCCUCGUUACCUCUCUCUGGUAUCGAACAUCAGAACAGCCACUUCGCGCCGGUAUCUGGUUCUGUGGAAAUUCACUCUCCUUAAUCAUCGGCAACCUUAUCGCCGUGGGCAUCCUGCAAAUCCAUAGCAGCCUCUAUGCAUGGCAGUGGCUUUUUAUCAUCUUCGGAAUCUUCACCUUUCUAUGGGGCAUUGUGAUGCUCUUCCGUCUUCCAGAUUCACCAAUUGAUGCUAAGUUCUUGAAUGAAGAAGAGAGAAUGAUCGCGAUCGAAAGACUCAAGGCAAACAAGACCGGAUUCAAGAAUAAUCAAAUUAACCGAGGUCAAAUUGCGGAAGCCUUCGUGGAUCCUAAGACUUGGAUUCUUGCUGUCCUCAUUUUGGCAUCCAAUAUUCCAAAUGGAGGGUUUACUACAUUCAACGGUUUAGUCCUGGAAGGGUUCGGUUUCAGCACGUUCCACACACUUCUCCUCGGUAUUCCUGGAGGUGUUAUUGUGUUCAUCUUUGUGCUGGGCGGAGGUAUGAUUACGUCCAAGGUCGCUAAUAGCCGAUGCCUUGCCAUGAUUGGCAUGAACACCAUUAGUAUAAUUGGAAGUGCCCUCGUUUACGCCGGACACUCCGUCGGGGCUCGUUAUGCGGGUCUGCUCCUCAUGGGAGUUUACUCUGCAGCUAUGCCAGUCUCUCUGGCGAUGAUCAGUUCAAAUGUUGGUGGAUUUACAAAAAAAGCUACUGUCAGCUCGAUCUAUUUCAUCAUGUACUGUGCGGGUAAUAUUAUUGGACCCCAACUGUUCUUCGCGCGAGAGGCUCCCAAGUACCAGAGCGGUUUCUUGGCAAUCAUAAUUUGCCUCGUCAUCUGCGUUGUUGAUGGCUUUGUGCUGUUGCUCUAUCUUCGCUGGGAGAACAGGAGACGUGAGAAGAAGGCUAGUAACAACGACCCAGCCGUUGAGCAAGAGAAGACAGGUAUUACAACUCAAAGAGAACUUGUAGACACUACAGACCUGAAAAACAGGGAGUUCAGGUACGUGUAUUAA